AUAAAAAUUAUGCUGCAUUACUUUAUUUAAUAAAACCAAGCCAAAGACUUUAUGGCCUACAUAAACCUAUUUAAAUCAUGUCAAAGUAAAGGACACGAUUUUUGGUUGACUUCUCGAAAUAUUCCUCAUUUCUUUUCUGGUUGUCGCCGCGAGUGGCAGCCGAUCAGCUGAUUAGCAGCAGGACAGAGAAAGUUCGUGUCUUGAAAUUGGCAAAAUAUUCGCAUCGCACAAAAUCCACAGAGUUGCGCGCUACAUUUUUCCGUAUUAUUUUUAGAAAGACGGCGGGCGGGUUUCUCUGCUCGCACACGCCGAGCCGCGCGCGGCCCGACAACACUGGAGCCCUAUGGAGCCCCCGUCGUUCCCCGCCGGCGGCCUCCAGACCGUCAGAGCGGCUCCCGGUAGCGUCGCUACCCUCACUCUGCCGACGCCGGCGGGCACUCCGCCCUUACACUACAGCUGGAGUCGAGCGGGAGCGUCUUUGGACGACCGGUUCGUGUCCACCGAAGAGGCCGGCGGCGUCAGGCUGACUGUGUCCACUGCCCGGACCGGCGAUACAGGCGUCUACACUCUACAGGCCAGCAAUGCGGCCGGUAGCGAUACAGCGAGAGUUCGACUGGAGGUAUCAGCGGAGGAAAGCCCCUCCGGUGAGGAUCCGCCCACCUUCCUGCGGCGACUGCAGGAUCUCACCGUCAAGGUCGGAACCAGAACGCGCUUCCUCGUAGAGAUCAUCAGCUCUACUGAGUGCAAGGUAACAUGGUACCGGAACGAGCGCCGUUUGCUCGAAGCGGAGCGCGUGUCGAUCGUGAGGGACGGGAGCUUCUUCUGCGCGGACGUGGCGGCCGUGAGCGUGGACGACGCGGGCAGGUGGACCUGUACCGCCGAGAACGUCGGGGGCCGGGCUAGCUGCUCCGCGCACCUUAAUGUAUUAGUCCCGAAAGCCUACAAACGUCCUGAGUUUGUGGAGGAGCUCCGCGCUUUGUUGACCGAGCAAGGCACCGUCUCCCUCGAGUGUAAAGUGGUCGGGGUCCCCACUCCCGUCCUCAGGUGGUUCAAGGACAGUCGUGAAAUAAAAGCCGGAGACGUGUUCGCUUUGACGGCAAACGCUGAGGAUCCGACUUCCCUCGGCACGUACACCUGUGAAGCUGUCAACUGCAUGGGCAGGGCUUACUCUUCUUCCAAGGUGCACGUCGUGGGACGCGCGAGCAGGGAAGGAUCCCUUAAGCCAAAUUCAAGCGGACUGUCGCCCGAGCCGCCCCCGAUAUUCACGAGAGAACUGGAAGACCAGUACGUACGAAUCUGCGAGCCGUUUACCUUGAGCUGUCAGAUCGUGGUCCCGCCUUGGCCGCGGUCUGUAGUGUGGUACAACAAGGAAGGGAAGGUGGAAGCUGGAGAAAGGUACCACGUUUUGGAAGAUGGCGUCGGUGGAUAUGUGCUGGAAGUCAGAAGCGCUGAGUGGCGUGAUGAAGGAGAGUGGAAGUGUGUGGCGACCAGCAGUGGGGGACGCGUUGGCAUCUCCACUUGCAGCCUUAAUAUGGACGUGCCGAAAAACUACAGGAAACCCCGUUUCAUGGAAAACCUUCAAGCGGUUCUCACCGAAGAAGGACUGGUAUCGUUCGAAUGUAAAGUCGUCGGCUUCCCCACACCGGUGCUUAGUUGGUUCAAAGACGGCCAAGAACUAAAACCUGGUGACGUAUACCAAUUGACCGGAACUAACUCUCUGGGAUCGUACUGCUGUAUAGCGAAGAAUUGCAUGGGUCAAGCCAGCAGCUCAGCUGAACUAACCGUCGAAGACAUACAGAACCAACUUAACGAGGAAGAGAAGUUACAGCUUUUCUCUAAGAAUCAAGCGCCUAAGUUUGUGCACGGCUUGAAGAGUGUAGAAGCAAAAAUAGAUGAACCAUUCCGCUUCACUAUAAAAGUUGCAAUUCCGCCUGAACCUUCUCUAUUGUGGUACCGUGACGACCAGCCAGUGGACGAGUCUUCACGCUGCCACCUCGGCAAAGAAGAGCGCGGCGUCUUCUUCCUUGACAUCCAAGCUCUUGAGUUCCUUGACCAGGCUGAGUGGAAGUGCGUCGCUUUCAACGAUUUCGGACAAAGCGUCACCUCGUGCUUUCUCAAACUUAUAAUACCGAGACAUUAUAAAAAACCUAGGUUUCUAGAAAAUUUGCAAGCCAUUUUAUCUGAUGAAGGCGCUGUAAAUCUCGAGUGUAAAGUAAUUGGUGUUCCACAACCAGUUCUUAAGUGGUACAAGGACGGCGAAGAAUUAAAACCUGGUGACAUACACAGAAUUAUAUCAGGACAGGAUGGUACCUGUAGCCUUGGAACCUAUACUUGUGAAGCCUCUAAUUGCAUGGGAGUAGCCGCCAGUUCUGCCUCAUUGCUCGGAUUCGAGGAGUCUAUGAAGGCUAAAGAAAAGAAGAAAGCCGAAGAACAGGCUCUGCAAAGAAACUUAUCUUUGAGCACUAUACACGAAGAACGAACAUCGCAAAUGUAUGAUACUCCAGUUGGAGACAUUACUCUCGAUGACAAAGGAGAAGUAUCUUUCUCGUUUGAUGGAAAAGAAGUGUCGGUUUCCUUAUACGAAACACCGGAUCUGACCGAAGAAGAAGCAUUACAAAUAGUGGAAAUGUACGCCGAUCAGUUAUCAGAAAACGUAACUGAGCAUAACGUUGUUGAAUUACCACCUCUGCGAUUUGUCAAAGAAACUUCUACAUCGGGAAAUUUAUUAAUGGAAGCCCUAGUCAUUGAUGUUUCUCCUGAAUAUUUUGCAUCUCCAGAAGAAGAUCUAAGAACUGAAGCUGACGUUGAAGAUAUUUCCAUCGCAGAUGAAAACGGUCUUCCGCAGUUAUCAUUGGACCAAGAAAUUGACAUAGCAGGUGAAGACUAUUUAGAAAAGACAAUGGCUCUUUUGUCUGAAGAAAAAGUAGACAUCCCAUUAACAUUAGGCAGAAAGAAAUCAGAUUCUCAAAAAAGUGGAGAGGAUUAUUUUAGUUUGUCUAGAGAGCAAUCAUUGUCUGAAGAAAAGAAAGAUGACGACACGCAGGUGAUGUCGGAAAGUGAAUUACAAAGUUUUGCCAGUGCUCACAGUUCCGGAAAACCCAAAUCCAAAUCUUCUAAGCCUAGUGGAGAAGACGGCCAUGAAUCCUCUGAUCUAACUAAGACAAUUCUUUUGAGAGAUGACAUGCAAAAACCAACUGAGAGUGAUGUCAAAACUUCUGCAAGGAAAACAAAACGCGAAAGAAGGAGUAGCCGCGGAUCUAGCGGUAGUGAGAAAUCUGUUGAUAAAUUUAAAGAUGAGUUAAUUAAAGAGCAAACGAUCAUUGCAACUGAAACUGAAAUGGAGGGAAAACAAGUAAUGACGAAUGAAGAGUUUAGAGUAUCCAUGACAAACGUUAGUACAUCCCUCAAUAAAGUGAUCAAUGAUAUUGAAAAAAUUGAAAAAGAAAUCAUCAUCAAGUCAGAGCUUAUGGCUUCUGCUGCUACCGCUUCAAAGAGCUUGGAAAUAAUAAGUAGCUUAAUAAAUCCACUUUCUGAAAUUCUUAGUAUAACUGACACCAUUCAAGAAUCUGCUUCAGAAACCAUUGAAGUACAGCGUACUCUGUUCUCUAGGCUCCCUAAGCCAUUGAAAGUAUUGCAACAAACUCUUACGAUCAUAGAAAAGUGUAUAGAUGUUGAAAGUGACAAUCGAACACUAGUCAAGAAAACUUGCGUUUCCAUCAUGGAAAAAUGUGGUAAUGCAAUUCAGAACCUUGUUUCCGAAAUAAAUGCCAUUGAAAAGAAAGAAUAUUUAUUACUAAGUGAAAAUGUGUGUAAUGAACUUGACGUAGUAUCAAAUGAAAUAUCUACGGUUGUAAAUUUUUCUACAGAAUCGAUUAAGACUAAUAAUCUGCUAAACGAAACAACUGAGGUAAAACUUGAAUCGACAGUAGAAUCUAAGCAUUUAACAGACACUCAAAAAGCUCUUUUUGAACUCAAAGGUCCAUUAAGGUCUUUGCUGUAUAUUGUUGACAGUGCUGAAAGUGGAAAGAUCGUAGAUAUUUCCCAAGUUAAUAACAGCGAAGUCAUUUUAAACGACAUGUCAGCAUCGAUACAGGAUCUCCAAAGUGCAUUGGAGCAAAUAGAAUCACUUUCUGUACUAGAAUGUGCAACAUCUUUGAAUAAAUAUAACACCGAAAUAAUUGAAAAUGUUAUGGAACCUGUUCUUCAACUUCGAAGCUCAUUCGAAAAAAUGUCAACAGAAAUAAAAGCUGAAGACAAAAUUCAGUUGAAUAAAGUUUUGUCAUCAAUUAAAGAAAACUUAACCGUUAUUUCAUCAUACAUUAAUAAAGUGGAAAAUAAUAUAGGUGCUUUUGAUGUAUUGCAAAAUGAGAAUAAAUUGGAAGCACUUCAAAAAAUGGCAGAGACACUUAUUUCGUUGGAGAAAAAUCUACCUACACUGGACACCAUGCCACAAGUCCAAGGCAACAUGAAUUCUUUUCACAAAAAUCUUACCAAAGCCUUGGAGAAGGUGAUCGAAAGUAAUAAUGCUAACAAGUACUUAUCGAUGAUCGAGAUUUGCGAUGGUAUAAGACGCAUUAAUUCUUGUAUAAGAGAUAUGGACACGGACAAUAUUCUAAGCCUUGCAAGCUUAAGCAACACUCUUAAAAUUAUACAAAAUCAAUUUAUCAAAAACAUAUUUGAUUCAGAAUUAAAUUGUUGUGUAGUAACAAAUAUAACUGAUAUACUUAUUGGAAUACAGGAGACAAUUAAUCAAGCUCAGGAAUUUACAACAGAAAUACAAUAUGAUAAUUUUCAAGAUACACAAGCUCCAAUAUUUGACUCGACAAAAGUUGAAAUAAUAGUUGAACAUGUAAAUCAAACGGUCGCAGCUAUUAAUCAAGUGAAAUUAUUAGAAACUACGUCAUCUCUAAAGGAGAACAUUACACCAACUCUACAAAAAAUUUGUCCAAUAUUAGAAGAAUUGAAACAAAACAUUGCAUCAGCAUGCGUUGGCGGAAUUCAGAAAGAAGCUUACGUCUCGGAUAUCUCAGAAAAGUCAUUUUCUGAAAAGUUUGCGGUUCCUCUCUCUGAGCUGAACCACAAUGUUAUAGUUCUUAAUCAGACUAUAAUCGAAAAUAUUGAAAGCUUGAAAGAAUCAAACGAAAUUGUAACUGCUAUAGCGGAACCAUUACAAGAAUUAUUUAGAACUUUAGAGGUUAUACAGCAAGACGUAAUUUCUCAGUUUGGUCCUGAUCUGAGUCCAUAUGAAAUUAGUGUGGAUAUAGCAAGCAUUAUUCAAAGCUUACAGAGCUGUGUUGUGAUGAUUCAAGAUCAUGCUGCAAUAGAAGUAGUUGAUGAUAUGUCAACAUUAGAAGAUAUUUCUGGAAUUAAAACUACUGCUGAGACAGCUUCGGCCGACCAAUUGGUACUUCCCACUGCUGAAUUUGCUACAACAGAACAAACUCUAGGAUCAUUUUAUGACGAACAACCAAAAUCAUCCAUAGCUCAAGCUUUGCAUGUUUUGAAUGAACAUUUGACAAUUUUACAAAGUCCAGAAAUCAUUGAUGCUAUCGACACGCUUUCUGAAAUAAGCGACUAUUCCAGUCUCAAAUCUGUAACUCUGGGUCUGAGUGAUCUUCAUUCUGGAAUAGAAGAAGUUUUGCAACCAAUUGUGUUAGAAGGUUUGCAAUCAAUUAAUGCUUCUAAAUUAGCAGCUAUGGCAGAACCUAUGCAAGUUCUUCAACAUAGUUUAUCCGUAGUGGACCCAAACAACAUUCCAAUUUAUGAAAAUAUAUUAGAGUUACUUACGGAUAAUAUACAUUCCGUUUUAAACAAAAUUAACGCUUUUAAAGAGCAUUUAGAUAAAUGCAUGCAGGCUAUUUUGCCAGCUUUGGAAUUUACUAAACAGUCCAUUGAAAUUUCGAGCUCAGUAAAUAAGUUAAGAGAAGCGUGUCAACAUUUAAAAAUAAUGCUCAAGUCAAUUAAUCAAAGCUCUACAACUCAAAUUCCCGAGGUUCAAGUGUUAGACGAUGUAGUCAACGAGAUCUUAAUUGCUACCGAUGUAACAGAAGGCAUAAAAAUUGAACAAGUGAGAUAUUUAAGCGAAGAAUUAUACGCCAGAGUGGCUGGUGUUCGGGAAGAAAUUUUGAGGUUUACGCCGAACUCUUCAGAAGCUUUACCUAAUGAGGCAUCUUUCAUACACACUAUUGAGGAAGUCGAACAUAAUAUUGCUGUAUUGGAAGAAUACGAUUUUGUGGAUUUAUCACGAGCUUCUGAAUUGUCAUCAUGUGCUUCACCGCAAAUAGCAAAAGAAGUUGAAAUAGAAUCUCUUGUGCACAUUAGUGAAAUUGUUGAAACUGCGGUACGUAUAAUAAAAGACGCUGGCGAAGAUACCCCUAUGGCGGACUUGAUGAUUGUUGAAGAUUUUUUUACGACUUGUAAGAACGAAUUUACCAUAUUACGCUGUCUCUUGAAUAAAAGCAUGAGCCCCAAAAAAAUUAUUAGAUUAGUGCAAGAGUUUUGUAACAUUCAAAGUACUAUUCAAGGUUUUAAGACUAAAACAAAUGAACUGCAGCUGUCUGAUGAUGUAAACCAAUGCAUCGAGAGUUUUUUGAUUCAUAGCGAUGAUUGUUUAGCAACUGUACGACAGUCUUUAAUAAAAAUUGUAGAAUCACAGUCUGAGCUCUUGUUUAAAUCUCCAAUUGUUAAUCUAAAGUAUUUAAGUCACCGAAAUCACUUUGAUAAAAUGGCUAAUCUUGUUGCAAAGUUAGACGAUUUUGUUGAUGCAGUCAAACCCAACGCCGAAAAUAUCAAAGAUAAAAUCAUAAUGGAAUUAAAGAAUCUUGAUUUAUGCAAUGUCAAUAAUGAAGAAAAUAAAUUGGUGAGAACAAUGGACGAUUUCUUUAGAUUUGUAGAAGACGAAAUAGUGGUACAAGAAGAUAAUGACAAGAAAGUUAUUUUGAAGAAAAUUUUAACGUGCCUUGAAAAACACCAAGAUUAUAAAGAUGCUACUGAUGCUGGCAAAGUAUUAAUAAUAAUGCAUUGCCUGUCUAAUUGUGUGGAUAUAUUACAAGAGAGCUUAGGAGAAACUAAGCAAAAAAUUGAAUGUGAUACAAAUGAUGAAGCAUUGGAUAUUAAAGCUGCAUUAAUGGAAAUGGUAGAACCGCUGCAGAAUCUUCAUACACAACUAAUUCACGUUCAAGAAGUAGUUUUAUCAGGUGUGCAAGAAGAUUCAAUUUCACUUGAUAUUGACUCUGCAGAAUCUAUAGUUCAAACUAUAUCUGAUGUUCACAAAAAAAUAUCAGCAAAACUAGAACUCGAAACUGUUAAUGUUUCUGAUAAGGAUGUUGCUUUAAUUUUUGAGGUGGAUAAGGAUUUACAUGCCAUACAAGAUAGUAUUAAGGCGUUAAAAAAUCAACCUGCAGCCCAGGACAUUAAAGACGUAACAAAGCAAAUACAAGAUGUAGAAAAAUCUUUACAUGUUUUAGUUGCAUCAGAAAAUGUAAUUACAGAUGUGAAAGAUAAAAUACCUAAAGGAAGUACAGAACAACUCGUUCAACAUAUCAAUCAAUAUAUAGAGUUAAUUGAAAUAGUCGAAGAAAUUUCUGCUGUUAUUGAAAUUGAAGACUUGAAGGAGACGAUCGAAAUGGCAAAAGAUCUACGUGAGACUUUUGUGACCUCAGAUAUGAUCAACGACGAAGUUGCUGAAUCUAUAAAGGAAGAAAUUUUGAUCGAACAAGCACGGCUAGCACAUAAACUGCAAAAGGCUAUAUCAGCUUUACAAGUACAAGUAUUUGAUAGUGCCCAAGAAAUGGUACCAGAAUUAAGCACAGAAAUCUUUCAAAGAGUAGCAAGAGUAACAGCCCAGCUACAAGCAGACUUAAUGGCUGUGACUGGCGUACAUAUUACUAUACAAGCUCCGCCCUAUGUGCUCGAUGAAGUUGCUAAAUCGUUGGAAACCAUAAGCACAGAGAAUAGACUAGUACCUGAGUCAGCUCAAGGCGAUAAAUUGGUUUCUAUUGUUGAAAACGUGAAUAUGUUUGAAAAUACGGCAGACCCACCAAUCCAACCCAAACCAAAAGAAUUAAGUAAUAUAACUGUUGAACCUGAAGAAGUUAACAUAACACAAUUAUUAGAAGAUGUAUCUUCUAAUGAGCGUGUUAUAAAUGAAAAUUUAGUAACUGUCACCCAAGAAGUGGCAGUAGCACAGAUGGAAACAAAUAUGGAUAUCGCUGGAGUAACUAAAAAAACCCAGGAUGGUCUUAUAAAAGAUGAUAUAAAAUCAUUUAGCAUAUCAGAAGAAGCCCAAUCAAUUUUUGAACAAGGGUCUCCUGAAGUUUAUAACGUGUUAAAUGCAGAGGAGUUAGCAUCUAACCAAACAUUCUCAGCAGACUCAGCGUCAAAUAAUAUGCCUGAUAAUGAGUUGGAUAUUGUGGAACCAGUUCUAGUUUGUUCUGUGCCUGCUAGUUCUUUGGAUGAUUUAGAAGGAUCUGUAAAUCCUAAGACUGGUUUAGUAACUGAUGAAAAAAUAGACUUACAGAAAGUUGAUGUCACUAUAGAAAUGCCGGAGAUCGCUCAAUUAGAUAAAUGUCAACCGUUCUAUGCUAAGCUAGUAGAGCAUUUGGACGAAUACGUUAAUGAAAAUAUUAUCGAAAUAGUUGAUGAAUUUUCUUGUUCAGCUAAUUUACAUGAACUGAUGCAAUCUGUAGAUUUAGCUAAACAGCUACAAAAAAGUAUAACAAUAUCAGAGUCGGUAAUCGAGCCUAACAUUGAAACAGAGCCAAACCCACAAAGCCCAGUAUAUUUGGCAUCACAACUAAAAAUGGCCCUUUUAGUUCUUUACAAUCAAGAACUUGAGAGUUUAGAAGUAAUGGCUCCUCACCUAACCAAAGAUAAAUUGAAGGUUAUAUCUGAAAUAGUUCACAAUUUGUGUGAUGAUUUAACACAAGUGAUGGAAGCUGUACAAUCUAAUCAAAACACAUCUGAAAGUUCUGUUAAAGAGUCUGUACAAAAAGCUAAUGUUGUAGAGCAAGACUUAAAUUCACCUGAAGAAAUUGAUGAGAUCUUCGAAACUAAAACACCAUUACAAGAAGUUGGAACAGCACAAAACAUUGUUUCGUUAGAAGAAACCUCUACAGAUUUAUUAUCAGAAGAAAAACACGAAACAAUCGACACUGCAGAAAUAAAGUCUGUAGUAGGAAAAAUUACAGACAAUUUGUUUUCAAUCGAAGCAGCUCAGUCUAUUGAGGUAAAAGAAGAUUUUAGUGAUGUCAAAUCAACAGAUCUACGAGUAACAGAUAGUGUAACUGAAGUAUUGGAGUCAUCUGAUGUUAGAGUAAUAGAAAAUGUAUCUAGUAAUACCAGCUGUGACACUAUUGAUCUUCCCUUAAAUGAAGACAAUUAUUCAAUUCAAACGGCACAUAGCACAGAAGUUGAGCCUGAACGUCUAGACAGUAGUGUUAUUUUAGGUGGCAUAUCGCUAAAGCAGGUACCUGAUGUUAUGAAUUUGGAAAUGGAAGAAGAAGAAGCAUUUGAAACAUUAGCGGGAACUACACAUGAGACUACAGAAAAUUUGAUGGGAGAAAAUGUUUGCCCUAUUAAGAAUGAUGAAGUGAAUAUCGAAAUAAUUGAUACUUUAAUCUCAAAAGAGGACAACGCCGAUAUUGAACAACUUAAAAAAAAUCAGCCAACAUCUUUAGAGUCAGAUGACGUGCCAACGAAUAUAAACUUAUUAGUAGAUGAUUCGUUGUUGGAAAUAGAUAAAGCUGUAAAAAGCACUGAAGCGCUAAAAAAUAUUCCUCAGAGAGACCUAGCUGAAAAUGAACAACAACUAGGGGAAGAUACAACUGGAUCGAAACAAAAAGUUGUAGAAUUACCAGAUACUAUCGAUGACGUGAGCCAAGACAUGAUUGUGGAACAUUUGCCAACCAGUGAAGUAAAAUUGUUAGAAGGACAACUAUUAGCUGCUGAAGAAAAUACGUUAUCAGAAGCUUUGAAAUCAUCAUUAGUCACAGUCCAAAAAACCACAGAAACGCCAUUGGAUGACACAUCCGUUGACCUCGUCAAAAUCGCUGGCGAACCUGAAAUAAAAUCAAAGCUUGUAGAAGAAUUACAAACUAUUGCCGAUAGUAAAAGCCAAAAGAUGAUUGAAGAGAGCACCACGAGAGAAACAGUUGAGUCACCUUUAAUUACUACCGGUAAAACUACUGAAACGCCAAAUGACAUAACUUCUAUGAACGUCGGAGAAACUGAAAAACAAAGAAAAGAAUCUAUAACUGAAUUAAAUCAAAAGUCAUCAGACUUUACAAAAUCACAAAGCAUUGUCAGUGACGUAAGCCAAGAAAUACUGGUAGAACAUUUAAUAAGCGAUGAAAUCAAAUUUACAAAAGAGCAACAAUUGGCUAAAGAAGAUUUAACAGCAGAAGUCAAUUUACCACUUGUGACAGGUCAUGAAACUAUACAAACACUAAAUUCCAACCUCGAAAAUGAGAUGUGCGAAUCUUUAAAAAUAGAACAAGCAGUAUCCGCAGAAACUACGGAGUCAACUGUAGAAUCACAAAGAGUAGCCAGUGAAGUAAUUCUAGAACUAGUAUCGGAACAAUUAAAAAAAGAUCAAGCUGAAAGUUCUAAUUCUCAAACUGCUGAAAACAUAGUUCGAGAAAUUGUUGUGACAUCGGAAAUCACAGCAUUAGAAACCUUAGGACUACCGUUAGAACGUUCCGGCAAUGAUGGUGAUCUAGUAGAACUUUUAUCCAUUGAAACGAAGCAAAUAACAGUAGAACCGCGAGCAACUACUUAUGAAGUAGUUGCUGAACAGCAAGUAGUACCUUCUGGGCAGCAACCAGUUGAAGCUAUAGACUCUAUGAAAAAGGAACCUCUGGAUGCUAUGGAAAUCCUACUAACUGGAGCUGCCACUUCAUUACUAGUUACAAAAAAUGAAAUCAAAGAAGCAAAGAGUGACAAUACUGCCGAAAUCACAAAAGUUGAAGACGAAAUUGCAGCUGAAGCAGAAAAAGAAAUGGUACCAAAGGUUAUAUGUGAAACAACUCAAGAUAUGGCAAGGGAACAAAUAGAGGUUGAAGAAGUUGUGGAUGUAAAGUUACUACCCUCAACUAUUGAUCAAAUAACAUACGACAAUGUCGUUGAGUCAUUGAUAUGUACACCAUUGAAAACUAUAUCUAACACAUUAGCUGAAAAUAUUACUAGUGACGUAAAUAGCACUGUUACAAACCAAGAAAAACUAUUAAAAACUGAACAAGUGACAGUUGAGAUGCAACUAACCGAAAAUGUAAAAUGUGAGGAAUUAUGCUCAAAACAAUUAAAUAAUGACCAACUAGAGCAUUUAAGUACACAACCUUUAGUUGUUGAAAAUAUUCCGCAAACGAUAGCUGUUGAAUCAUUGACAGUCGCAACUAUUGAUUGUACAGAAAACUUGGCAAGGGACGUUAAUGACGUCGAAGACUUCGAAGCAGCAUCUUCGAUUGAAUUGAAUCAAGAAACCAUGCAAUCACAAGGCAUUGUGUGUGAAAUAAUCGAAGAAAACCUUGAUAAACAGAUAAAAAGUGGUGAAGACAGUUCUUUAGAGACGUUCAAAUAUUUUCAGAGUACUGAUGCUCCUGUUAGAGAAGCAGUUGAAUCAACAGUCGUUUCGGCUAUAGAAACGACUUGUGAGUUAGACGAAAACGUUCAGAACGACAUUGUUGAAACUGUUAAUAUAGAAGAAGAAUCUUCAACUAAAGCAAGACGAGUAAUCAUGGAAUCACAAGGUGUAGUAUCUGAAAUCAGUGACGAACUUUGUACGGAACAGUUAGCUAUUGAUGAAACUCCUGAGUCGUCACUUAAAACAGUACUUGAAUCUUACGAAAUAUUGAAGGAUGGGAAUAGCAGCGACGUUGUAGAAGACAAGUGCCAAACUGUAAUCUGUGAAAUAACAGAAGAGACGGUUGUCGAACAACUUAACGAAUAUCAAGCUCCCGACUUAGAACUAAAAUCUGCAGCUGCUGAAAAUGUACCAACAGAAGCAAUUAAUUCACUUGUAGUCACAGUAUUAGAAACCACAGAAAUAUUCACUGGAGAUAUUAGCAAUGAUGCCUCUGAUUCCUUAACAAUUCAAAAUAUUCCUUCAAUGUCAAAUCUCCAAAUCGAGAGUGCCUUUGAAACUGAUUUAAAGCAAAACCAAGUUAAUGAAAAUUUUGCCGCAGAAAAUGUUGUUUCGUCAGAACAACAAGCCCCAAUCACGGCUGUAGAAGAAACUUUAAACACUACUGACAAUGUAAUGUCAAAUAUUCCUACUGAUGAUGCUCCAAAACCAAGUGCGCUUAUUGCGUGUGAAGAACAAUACUAUGUUCAAAUAACCGAACCUGUAGUAAUAGACAAAACGGAACCUAUUGAGGAGUUUGGGAGUAGAAUAGAAGCGAUUUCUCCUGAAGACACCGGGAAUGAAGUUAUUUUAAGGGAAUCGUUCGACAAUGCAGAGGUUGUGGAAAUUGUCUCAGUCGAAGCCGUAUCUGAAAAUGCAAUGGUACCGUAUUUCGAAUUGGAGAGUGCAGAUAUGUUAUCAAGCCCAGAUGUUUUGGACAGCGUCGAAGAUAAGCUUGCGAGUGCCUCAGAAAUAAAUGAAACACUAAAACACCACAUCAAUCGAUACCUGAGUGAUAGCAUAGUAAAAGCAACACAGGAAUUAUUUUCAGUUUUCAAUGUAAACAAAUUAAACCAAUCAAUAAAUAUGGCAAAAUGCUAUUCUGAGUCUGUAGUUGUAGGUGGGAAUUCUGUUUUACCUACAAGUAAAUAUUCUGUAAAUUUACUGCAUCAUUUAGACUCUGCCAUGAGAGAAUCUCUGCAUGAAAUUCUUGAAAAUAAAGAUAAAAUCCCAUUGGCCGAGAAUGAAAUUUUAACUAAUAUAACCGACAUACAAAAUCUUAUUAUUCAAGAUAUAUCAUUGUUGAUACCUGCAUUAAGUAUGGCACGUGUAGCCCACCAUGAUUUAGAUAUAGGACAGUCUACUCAUUCAGAUGAAGAAUUAAAUCUGAAAGUAGACUCCAGGAAGGAAGUUGAGUACGAAAACCCUUCGUUCUUAGGAUUAGCUGUUCAAGACUUCAAAACGACUCUCUCAAGUAAUCUUGGGGAAAACAAUACUACAGUCAAUUCAUUAGAAAACGAUGCAUACGUGAAGGUUUUGGCCAAAAAUAUUCAGGUAGAAAAUGUUGUGGAAAAAGAAACCAAGAUAGAAGGUAAAAAUGAUUCUCAAAAUGUAUCGGAAGUAGAGAUUAGUAAAUUUGUGGAAGCUUACGAAGGAGAAGUCAUAAGAUGUAAUGAAAAAGAAAACGAAAUAGAAGAUCAUUUUCAGUCGAGUUCCACAGAAAAAAUAAAAUCUACACAAGAAAAUUCUGUCAUAAAUCUAGAACAAACACCGGUACAAGUUUUGGAAAUAAAUACUACAAAUGGUGUAGAAGGUGAAAUUAAUCACGAAACAAAUUUAUCAGGAACAUGUCUUGACACUUCAGAAAAUGGAAUUGACCUUAUUCAAAGAAAUUUAUUUUCGGAAAAGGUCAUAGAAGACUUUGAAAAGUCGUCACCCGAACGAGAUAAAUUUAAUAGUGAAAUGUUAAAUACCCGUGUUAUAGAAGUGAUAGCGUUGGAAGAACUCGAAUUAUGCUAUGAAAUUAAUAAUUUGAAAACUAAAUAUCCUGAAUAUUCUGAAGAAACAUCUACACUAAAAGAAGUAAAUACCAACCCUAGGGAAAUGAAUCAUUCCGAUGAACAUAAUGUAGCUCCAGACUGUAAAUCAUCCACUAAAAAAGAUCAAUUUCCCAACUUAAUAGAAGCAAAAAUAGAAACAGUACCAGUGCCAGUUCUGAAACAUUUUUUAACAUCACAUUUGACAGUCUUUCACGAGCUUGCGAACCUAGAUAGUGAUUUAGAGCAAAAAAAUUCUGAAAAAAUAGCUAUGAUAAAUGAACCGCAAUUUGUAAUUUUUCAGAAUGCUAUUAUUAACGAUAAUAUUAUGAAAAAAUCAAAUGCAACGGAAAAACUUGUAGAUCAAUUGAGUGAAAAAGUGCAAUGUCGAAAUGUUGUUGUAAAUGAAAAUGAAAUUGUAAUUUUUAAUAAAAAUGACUCGAAAUCUACAACAGAGAUAAUUGGGGAGCUUACUAAUGGACAUACUGAAAAAAUAGAUAAUAACAAGGAUAUAAACGUCGAAUGUCCUAAAGAAGUGACAGCUAGUGAGGAGACUGAACUGCACAAAGAUCUUUCUUUAUUAGAUCCACAGGAGGUUGUAGCGCCUGUUCCUCAAAUUAUCCAAGUAAUUGAAAAUGCGGAACCAUUUGAUGAGGUAGUUAGAAUAAGUAAAGAAGAAGAAUUCAAAAGAGGAAAUGAAGAUUUGUCUAAAGAACUUUGUACAGAAGGUCUGAGCGAAGAGAUUGAGGUUAUUGAAAAAGAUAAAUAUAAUGAAACGUUAGAAUUGGAAAAACACGCCUCGACUAAUUUACUUAUACCCAAUUUUAGUAGCAAUACUGAUAAUUUUACGCUAGAAAAACCAACCAACCAACAAGAUGAAAAAACUUUGGUUCAAACGAACAAUAAAACGAUAAUAUCAGAAGGACAAUCUUUGGAAAAUACUCAGAAUACGGUUGCAUUUAAUACCGAUCAAAGUUUUCUUAUAGUACACCUGGAGCAAUUUAUCUUUGAUGAAGUAUCCGAUGUGGUUCAGCAAAUAUCAGAUUUAACGAACGUUGAAGAACUAAAAGAAAUUCUACAUACGGCAAAAGAAUUACAUGAAUGUUUAGUUAAGUCAGAGAAUGCUCUUGCUGCAGAAUCUGUACCACUCCAAAAUGUAAAAACACACAAGUCACUUCUUCAAAAAAAAUUGCAAGAAGGUCUUUGUAUUUUGCACAAUGUAACUUUGGAGCGCGCCCAAACGCUAACUUCAGAAAUCAAAUCUGACAAUUUGCAGAAACUCUCAGAAGUGAUAACAUAUCUUCAAAAAGACUUAGAAGCUGUUUCCUCAGAAGUUGGAUCAGAGGAAGUUUCAGAGAAUGUGCGAACAUCAGAAACGGAUUCGAUGAAAAGACUCAAAAACUUGUUGCAAGACGUCAGUGAUGAAACAAAUGUUUUACUUUCUGAAAAAAGUCAUGAAAACAAUGAGAAACUUAGAGAUACCUUAGACGAAGUACAGACAGUCAUCAUUAAGCUCAAACGUGACUAUGAUUGUUCUGCAGUUGACACCCUCAAUGAAACUCUUGAGGAUUUAGAGUGCAGUGUGAGAAGUGUCCAACUUCAGAUCAAUGAAGAAAGCCCUCCUGAACUUUUGCAGGAAGCGUGUGCGACCUUAAACUUACUUGUUAAUAAUAUGAAUGAAUCUAAAGUUAGUCUCUUAAACGAAAGCUCCACGAUAAAAGAGAUCAAAGAUCAUCAAAUACUAAAAAAAUGUUCCGAAGACGUUAAUCAAACAGUCGAGCUUUUGGAAGAUGUGUCCACCAUCAAGGCCCCAGAAAAAGGUAAUCUUCAUAAGAUUGUAUCAGAACUGGGAAAGCUCAAAGAUAAAAUUAAAGUACUUAGAAUAACAUUUUUGAUUGACGCAGAAACGUUGGUUGAACGUGGUAUAGAUGCCUUACGGAGUCUUGAUGAAGUUGAGGAAAAAGUAUUUACAUUAGAAAAAGAUAUCGAAAGCGAAAUUAAUAUACCUACUGAUAUCCGUGAAAAUAUUUGGACUGCCGUACAUUCCGUAUAUGGAAGUAUUUCUAAUAUGAGAGGAACUAUUUCUAGUAUACAAAAACAGUACAUGUUUGAAAAUUAUGGUAAACCGACCGAUAACCUUUUAAAGUCAAUAAAGAAUACAAGAAUUAUAAGUGAAAUUGAUUCUGAAGAUAAUCAAACAAAAUGGAAAAGAUUUUCUAAAACUUUACGUAAUGUUCUGAACCAUUUCGAGGAUAUCAAAUUUUAUAUAAGCCUUGAUAAGACUGCUAGACUACCUAGUGAUGCUGCUUUUACGAAAAUCAUAUUGGAAGAUUUGAAAAAUAAUAUAAACGAGAUAAUAAUUGAUCAUGAGAAGUUGGCAUCUUGUAACAAUAAAGAAAAGAUGUCGGGAGCUCUGGAUAUUGUCACUAAAUAUUUAAAAAAAAUUGAAAUUCAAACAAGUCUUGAAGUAAAAGAAAAGAUCCCAAUGUUCUGUGAAAUAGCACCUCAAGUUUUACAGGCUACAGAACUGGUGCUAGCUAAAUUUACAAAAUGUAUCGAUCAGGAAUCUAAUGAAGUUGAAAUUAAGGAUAAUACAUUACAAUUGAAGAAUGACCAAACGGUACGAAAUAUGUCCGUAUCGAAAGAGGACGAAUUUUUCACAGAAGCUAUAGAAAUGGAAACCAUUACAGAACAAAAACAAACAGACCAAACAAAUGAGUUGGUAAAAGAAAAUAUUCAGGAAACGUCUCAAACCGAUUCAAAAGAUUUGGACGUGACGAUUGAAAAGUUUGGUAAUGAGGAAGUUGGUGCAAAAGAUCGUAAGAAAUCUUUCAGUUUAACUGCUUUAGACGAACAAAGUGAGGAGCAAUUUCCUAAACUCGAUAAAUCUAGUGAUAAAAAUCAAAAUCAGGAAGCAACUACCUCCUAUGCUGAUAUGACAGAAAUUAAGGAACAGAAGGCUAAACCUACUGAUGAGGAGAUACAAAACGAAGAUGGUCAUUACCUGGUUAAGGAGAAUAAAAAACAAAACAAGGCGGAUACAGAAAUCGGAAAAGUAGAAAAACAGAAUAAACAGGAGGUUGACUUUGUUAAGGACCAAAUAGAAAUGGAACUAAAUGAAAAAAAUGCUUCUGCAAUUGAAGAAAAAACUGAGACCACUAUCUUACCGGUGAAACUUGAACAAGAGCAAGUCGACGAAAGAGAACUUGCAAAUAAAGAAGAAGAAAAUCGAAAACUAGAGGUAUCCACUGCCAGGAAAAAGGCAGAGGCUGAUAGUAAAAAGAUUCAAGAAGAGCAAGGAAAUAAAAGCAAUGAAGAGAACAGUUAUACAGCUAAGGAGAAAACAAAACAGGACCAAAAAAUAACAGAGUUCAAAGAAGAAGAAAAACAGGAAAUCCCAGAGGUUGCAGACGACAACAAACCAAACGCAGAAAACAUUCUCCUAGUCAAAAGAACGAUAAAGGAUGAUAACAAUAAAACAGAAUUAGGAGAAGAUCAACAAAAAGGAGAAACAGCUCAUCUUAUUAAGGAGAAAGCAAAAGCGGACAAGAAAAGAGCAGAACUUGAAGACGAAGAAAAACCUGGUGAAGAGGUAUCUCUUAUUGCCAAGGAGAAAGAGGAAGCAGACAAGAAAAGAGCAGAGUUGGACGAACAAGAAAAACGGAGUGAAGAGGAAGCUCGUCUGGCCAAGGAAAAGGCGGAAGCAGACAAGAAGAGAUUAGAGCUGGCAGAACAAGAAAAACGUACUGAAGAAGAGUCUCGUCUUACCAAGGACAAGUCGGAAGCAGACAAGAAACAAGUAGAGUUGGAAGAACAAAAGAAAGGUAGUGAAGAGGAAUCUCUGCUUGCCAAGGAGAAGGCGAAAGCAGACGAGAAAAGAGUAGAGCUGGAAAAACUAGAGAUACCUAAUGAAGAGGAAUCUCCUCUUGCCAACGAGAAGGCCGAAGUAGAGAAGAAAAGAGCCGAGCUGGAAGAACAAGAAAAACGUAGUGAAGAAGAAUAUCGACUUGCGAAGGAGAAGGCGGAAGCUGGCAAAAAGAAAUUAGAGCUGGAAGAACAAGAGAAAUCAAAAGAGGAAGAAUCUCUUCGUGCCAACGAGAAGGUAGAAGCAGACAAGAAAAGAGAAGAACUCGACCUCGAAGAAAAACGCAAGGAAGAGGAAGCUCAUCUGGCCACGGAAAAGACAGAAGAAGACAAGAAAAAAGCAAAACUUGAAAAAACAAAGAAGAAAAAAGGAGAACAAUCUCGUCUAGCUAAAGAAAAGGUGGAAACAGACCAGAAAAGAACAGAGGUCGAAGAUGAAGAAAAACGUAUAGAAGAAAAAGCUCGCCUUGUGAAGGAAAAGGCGGAAGCUGACAAGAAGAGCUUAGAGCUGGAAGAACAAAAAAAACGUAGUGAAGAAGAGUCUCGUCUUACCAAGGAAAAGUCGGAAGCGGACAAGAAACAAGUAGAGUUGGAAGAACAAAAGAAAGGUAGUGAAGAGAAAUCUCUGCUUACCACGAAGAAGGCGGAAGCAGACGAGAAAAGAGUAGAGUUGGAAAAACAAGAAAAACUUAGUGAAGAGGAAGCUCGUCUGGCUAAGGAGAAGGCGGAAGCAGACAAGAAGAGAUUAGAACUGGAAGAACAAGAAAAACUUAGUGAAGAAGAAUCUCGUCUUGCCAAGGAAAAGGCGGAAGCAGACAAGAAACGAGUAGAGUUGGAAAAACAAGAAAAACUUAUUGAAGAGGAAGCUCGUCUGGCCAAGGAGAAGGCGGAAGCAGACAAAAAGAGAUUAGAGCAAGAAGAACAAGAAAAACGUAGUGAAGAAGAAUCUCGUCUUGCCAAGGAAAAGGCGGAAGCAGACAAGAAACGAGUAGAGUUGGAAAAACAAGAAAAACUUAGUGAAGAGGAAGCUCGUCUGGCUAAGGAAAAGGUGGAAGCAGACAAGAAGAGAUUAGAGCUGGAAGAACAAGAAAAAAUUAGUGAAGAAGAAUCUCGUCUUGCCAAGGAAAAGGCGGAAGCAGACAAGAAACGAGUAGAGUUGGAAAAACAAGAAAAACUUAUUGAAGAGGAAGCUCGUCUGGCCAAGGAGAAGGCGGAAGCAGACAAAAAGAGAUUAGAGCAAGAAGAACAAGAAAAACGUAGUGAAGAAGAAUCUCGUCUUGCCAAGGAAAAGGCGGAAGCAGACAAGAAACGAAUAGAGUUGGAAAAACAAGAAAAACUUAGUGAAGAAGAAUCUCGUCUUGUCAAGGAAAAGGCGGAAGCAGACAAGAAACGAAUAGAGUUGGAAGAACAAGAAAAACGGAGUAAAGAGGAAGCUCGUCUGGGCAAGGAGAAGGCGAAAGCAGACAAGAAGAGAUUAGAGCUGGAAGAACAAGAAAAACGUAGUGAAGAAGAAUCUCGUCUUGCCAAGGAAAAGGCGGAAGCAGACAAGAAACGAGUAGAGUUGGAAGAACAAGAAAAACGGAGUAAAGAGGAAGCUCGGCUGGCCAAGGAAAAUGCGGAAGCAGAUAAGAAAAGAUUAGAGCUGGAAGAACAAGAAAAACGUAAUAAAGAGGAAGCUCGUCUCGCCAAGGAGAAGGCGAAAGCAGACAAGAAAAAAGCAAAUCUUGAGAAAACAAAGAAGAAAAAAGUAGAACAAACUCCUCUAGCUAAAGAAAAGGUGGAAACAGACCCGAAAAGAACAGAGGUCGAAGAUGAAGAAAAAAGUACAGAAGAAGAAGCUCGCCUUGCGAAGGAAAAGACGAUAGCAGACAAGAAGAGAUUAGAGCUGGAACAACAAGAAAAACGUAAUGAAGAGGAAUCUCGACUUGCCAAGGAAAAGGCGGAAGCAGAUAAGAAAAGAGUAGAGUUGGAAGAACAAGAAAAACGUAAUGAAGAGGAAGCUCGCCUUGUGAAGGAAAAGGCGGAAGCAGACAAAAAGAGAUUAGAGCUGGAAGAACAAGAAAAACGUAAUGAAGAGGAAGCUCGUCUGGCCAAGGAAAAGGCGGAAGCAGACAAAAAGAGAUUAGAGCUGGAAGAACAAGAAAAACGUAGUGAAGAAGAAUCUCGUCUUGCCAAGGAAAAGGCGGAAGCAGACAAGAAACGAGUAGAGUCGGAAGAACAAGAAAAACGGAGUGAAGAGGAAGCUAGUCUGGCCAAGGAGAAGGCGAAACCAGACAAGAAGAGAUUAGAGCUGGAAGAACAAGAAAAACGUAAUGAAGAGGAAGCUCGUCUUGCCAAAGAAAAGGCGGAAACAGACAAGAAACGAGUAAAGUUGGAAAAACAAGAAAAACUUUUUGAAGAGGAAGCUCGUCUGGCCAAGGAGAAAGCGGAAGCAGACAAAAAGAGGUUAGAGCUGGAAGAACAAGAAAAACGGAGUAAAGAGGAAGCUCGUCUGGCCAAGGAGAAGGCGGAAGCAGACAAAAAGAAAUUAGAGCUGGAAGAACAAGAAAAACGUAGUGAAGAAGAAUCUCGUCUUGUCAAGGAAAAGGCGGAAGCAGACAAGAAACGAAUAGAGUUGGAAGAACAAGAAAAACGGAGUAAAGAGGAAGCUCGUCUGGGCAAGGAGAAGGCGAAAGCAGACAAGAAGAGAUUAGAGCUGGAAGAACAAGAAAAACGUAGUGAAGAAGAAUCUCGUCUUGCCAAGGAAAAGGCGGAAGCAGACAAGAAAAAAGCAAAUCUUGAGAAAACAAAGAAGAAAAAAGGAGAACAAACUCCUCUGGCUAAAGAAAAGGUGGAAACAGACCAGAAAAGAACAGAGGUCGAAGAUGAAGAAAAACGUAAAGAAGAGGAAUCUCGUCUUUCCAGAGGAAAAGCAGAAAUAGGAAAGAAACAAGCAGAGCUCGAAGAGGAAGUAAAACGUACAGAUGAAGAAGCUCUUAUAGCCAAAGCAAGAACAGAAGAAGACCAGAAAAAACCAAGAGCAGACAAAAUAAAGGUUGGAAAAGACGACAAAGCUCAGCUAGCUAAAGAAAAUGUAGAAGCAGAUAAAAAAAGACGGAAAAGUGGAUUUGAAGACAAAUACAGGGGACAGGAAGCCGGUAACGCCAAGGAGAAAGCAGAAGCUGAUAAGAAGAAAGCAGAGGUCAAAGAUGGAGAAAAAUACAAAGAAGAGGAAGCUCCACUUGCUAACCAGAAGGCAGAAAUGGACGAGAAAGAGAAUAAAACAGAUAACGAAAUAAAAGGCAGCGAGAAUGUGGCUCAACAAAUUAAGGAAAAUUACGAAAUGGACAAGGAAAAAACAAAAAUUGGAAUGGUUACUAAGAGGAAUGAUGAUAAAGCUUAUAUUUCUAUGGAAAAUAUGGAAGCAGCAAGAAAGUCAGAACUAGGAGAAAAAAUACAAAGUCAUCUUGGAUAUGAGAAAGUUCGUAAAGUAGAGUCAAAAGAACAAAUUGAAAAUGAUGAAACUCGAUUUAAACUUAGCAUUGACAACCAAGACAAUACGGUACUGGAUUAUGAUAAUGUUAUGUACCAGGAGAGCAAAUAUGGAGCUAUCAAGAAAAAUGCUCACAAAACUGAUAGAAAUGGCGAUGUCAAAAGAAAAUACGAAGCAAGCUAUAAUCAAGAAAAAAAUUCAUCUCGUUUCAAUGAUAACGAACAUUACAUUAAGGAAUAUCAAUAUGAGCCUGGACCAUCUCAUACUAAAAGCAACGAUUGGGAUAAACAUAGAUUUGUCGAUCACAGUCACAGGGAUUUCUCUAUGGAGUUUGCGAAACCAUCUAAAUAUCGUGAAAGGUCUUUCGAAAAUCGUUAUUGUGUCGACAAAGAUUAUUCGAGUUUGAAUAAAAAUGCAACAAUUUAUAAGGCGCAAACUAUUAACCUUGACGCUCAAUUAAGAUCUUCAGUGCCACCACUGCCCCUUGAGUCUAGUAGAAGUAGUGAACCAACAGAAAGACGUCCAGAUAUGCGCCAUAGAUCUAAAGCUUUCAGUGAGGCCAGGAGUGUGAUUUCCGAAAAGCGUACUCUCUCGCGAAAUUCUACGAGAAAACCUGUAUUUUCUACCUUCCUAACUGACAGAACAGCGGUGGAAGGCUCUCGAGUAAAACUAACCUGCAGCGUCAUUUCAUCAUCUGAUCCGACAGUGACAUGGUACAGGAAUGGAGUACUUUUGGAUAACAAACUAAAAUACAGAAAGAAAUUAGUUGAUGGGUUGAUAACUUUGGAAGUUCUGAAUGCUGUUCCCAGCGACUCGGCAGAGUACAGUUGUACUGUUGAAAAUGAAAAUGGAGCCAUCUCUACAUCUGCCAAUUUAAAGGUGUAUCCAAGUUUUGAAGCAUCUCCCAUUCCACCUACGUUUACACGAUCCAUUCGUGAUACUUUUCAUCUUGCGGAAAACGAAUUAGUACUGGAGUGUCGAAUUCGAGGCCAACCUCUCCCAAAAAUAACGUGGUUUAAAGAUGACAAACAAAUACCUUCUGACGGACGUUAUCAAGCUUUCUAUCUCGCUGAUGGCGUGUGCAGACUCGCAAUAGAUAAUCCAACUCCUGAAGAUAGCGGAACAUAUACGUGCAAAGCUGAGAAUUCGGUGUGGACUGAUCAAAUAACACAUUUUGUCAACUUUACCGGAAGGGAAAGUCAAGUAAGUCCUAAUGUGGUAACAGCUGAAAAAACUAGAAUUGCACGUCAAUCGCUAGAGUCGCGACGUCCUCAUUUCGGCAACGUUUUGACGGACUAUCAAGUAGCUAGAGGAGGUACUAUUGGGCUGCAAGUUGAAAUACGUGGGUGCCCGACCCGAGUGGAAUGGCUUAGAGAAGGUAGAUCCGUGACCGAAGUAUACAGGAACGCUAGAGUUUUUGUUGAACAAGGGCUUUAUACAUUGGCUCUCUCUGACGUCACUGAAACAGAAUCAGGCUUAUACACGUGUAGAGCCUGGAGCGCCCACGGGAACGUGGACAUGAAUGCGGCUAUAACAGUCGUUCAGCCGAGCGACCUUGAUGGCAAACCAGCUGUUAUUGUUGGUAGACCAGAAAAAGACAUUCUCAUAUCUGUAGGCGAAGACAUUAACAUUUCCUUCAGAACGCAAGGUGAACCUAAGCCAAAAGUGAUAUUUAUGAAGGGAAUAAGGGAUAUAACUAACAGUCAACGUGUCUGUAAAAUGACUUCGGACGACUACGUAAAGUUCACUCUAAAAAGGUCUGUUGUGUCGGAUGCUGGCACUUAUUGCAUUUUGGUCAGAAAUGCAUAUGGAUGUGACAGAGCUUUCGUUACUGUUGUGGUGAGACAACGGGCCUCUUCUGAACAUUUAAUUUCCGACUGGACUUACCCACUCGAUGAUUCCGCAUUGUCUAUUGCCGAUCGCAAGUAUAAAUCUGUGCCCGAGCGCAUCCCGGGAGAGCCGUGCGUCGUCGACGGAGGAAACAACUGGGUGUCUCUCGCUUGGCCCAAGUCCGACCCCCAGACAACAGCUCCAGUGUUAGCGUACAAAGUCGAAAGUUGGUUGAUCGGCGCGGAAGGAGGAGCGCGUUGGGUUGAACUUGGCAUCACACCACUGAACUCAUUCGACGCAUUUAACUUAAAACAAGGCGAAGAAUACCACUUCAGAGUGACUCCGAGAAAUCGUUACGGUUGGGGUGAAUCUUCGCAGACCUCUUCAUCAAUCGGCGUCGGUCUGGCCGGGGACAGACCGGAGUUCGUUGACAUACUGCCUGGGCAGCUAAAGAUUUUGGCAGGAGAAACGGCGAACUUGACCUGUAGCGUGAAAGGCAAGCCGGUGCCAGGUGUGGUGUGGAUGAAGAACGGUCAUGAGGUCGAGGAGGAAGCCGGACGAAUGACGUCACAAUUCAACGGAUUCGAUUGUUGCCUCACCAUUAAAGAUAUUAACAUCGACGAUGAGGGUCGGUAUAGCUGCGAGGCAACUAACACACACGGCAAGGCUUCUACUUACGCAAGAUUGGCGGUCGUCACUGACAGAACUGUCUGGGAAGCAGAUGCGAAACUCAAAAGAGAGAGAUCUGCUGAAGUAGAAGGAGAUUACCCACCGCAGUUCACGAUGCGUUUGAGAGACCGUAGAGUGCAAGCAACGUAUCCAGUGCGACUCACUUGCCAAGUUAUAGGCAGUCCACCGCCCAAAGUCUCCUGGUACAAAGAUGGAGAGGAAGUGGUGUACGACAAACGCCGCAAUAAAUACCAAGACGAGCAGUUCCACACGCUCGAGAUUGCGCCGACGAACCUGGAUGACGGAGGCGUGUACGAAGUGACGGCUAGGAACAACAGCGGAGCUGUCAGCUGUCAUUGUGGACUGGUCGUGGACAAGGGCAUCAGAGCGUACGUGGCUCCCGAGUUCUGUUGCGGCUUGGAGCCGUUGUACAAGCUACACGAAGGCGAUGAACUCCGAAUCUCAGCUGUAGUAGAGGCAUACCCCUCGGUGGGUGUUACCUGGUAUCGUGACGGAGUACGUCUGAGACCCAGUAGACGAGCAAUCAUGACCUUGGACAGAGACGGACAGAUAGAACUGGCUUUAGCAGCCGUAACCACGAGAGACGCUGGAGUCUACACGUGUACCGCGUCCAAUGAGGUCGGCAGAGCUUCGACCUCUGGGAAGGUUGAGGUCAUUGGGACAGAUCAGACGUCCGAACCGAGAAUACCUCCUGUCGUUAUCAGUCCUGAUGUGCCAUAUUCAAAAGAACCAAUGUUCAUCCGGAAGCCGAGAUCCAGUGAGGCUCGCGAGGGUGACACGGUCAUCAUUGAGUGCGAAGUGGUUGGAGAUCCGAAGCCCGACGUGUAUUGGCUCAGGGACUUCUUGAAACCGGAUUACUACCGUGACGCGACUCAUUUCAAACGCGUCGGAGAUGGGCCGGAGUACAGAUUUGAGAUACCUCACGCGAAAUUGAACUAUACCGGAGCCUACUCUGUAGUGGCGAGAAACGUCCACGGAGAAGCCAAAGCGGUCAUCUCCCUUCAGAUCAAAGUUAAAGAUAUAAGUUCGACAGAAGAAGCACAUCACAUCAGAUAUGGGCGAGUCGAAGUGUUACCAAGAUUCGAACGAAACCUGACCGACAUGUUGUCUUGCGAUGGCGAUACAGUAGAGUUCGAAUGUCAAGUUACUGGCAACCCCGAUCCGGAUAUUAGAUGGUUCCAUUAUGCUGAGGUGAUCAGGGAUUGCGCUGACUUCGAGUCUUCGUACGACGACGGUACAGCGAGGUUGAAGAUCAAACAAGUUACCGCCGAAGAUGAAGGCACCUACACGUGUGAGGCUUCCAACUGCCUCGGCAAAGCGAAGUCGAAUGCCUGUCUCGUUGUUUAUCCACCUGGUGAGCCGAAUACGUUGUGCCAGCGACUCCGUCGUCCGCCAGCGCUGCUCUCAGCUGCCUCUACUCCUCGAUCCACGCCGCGCAGUACACCGGCCAGAUCAGUCUCCAGGACCCGGACGCCAGGUCCAGACACACGGCGUCUUUCCAGUCCAGGCCGUCAAAUGGCUCCGACUUUCUACACUUAUCCCUUCAACAAAGUGGUGGAGGAGGGCGAAAACGUGACCUUCAAGUGCGCCGUCAAAGGGAACCCUUCGCCCUGGGCCUCAUGGGACAAGGACGGCUCCAUAAUCACGCCUUCAGCGAGAAUAACUGUCAAGGAGAAGGAGGAAAUAAUGAGAAUUUUAGAAAUCGAUGAGGUUUCGAUAGAAGAUGUCGGAAUUUAUCGGAUAACUGUUGAGAACGAGCUCGGUAGGGCCGAGGCGUCUGCGAGACUCGAGGUGAUCACCAGGUCUGGGAAGUUUUAUGGAGGAUUGAGAGCAUACAGCGCAUCGCCAAGGAAGUGUCUCUCGUACCGGAGACGACCCUCCACUCCGAGGCAAGACUGAAGCGAAGAAACGACGUGGGUCGUAGAGGAAACGGCGAAUGUGUGAAUCGAAACAAUUCGUUUUUAGUUAUCUGUGCAUUUUAUUUAAUUGUUUUUUUUUAUAUAUUGUUAUAUUCGUAACUCGAAUUAUGACAAGUUAAGUUUUUUUUUUGUUGUGUUUUCCUUCAGACUUUGCUGGCUUAGGUUGGGCAAGCAAUUAAAAAAUCACAAUCCAACUUGAAUAUAUUUGUGUCCCUAUUCUGUUUUGUUGGACAAAUGUUUUCCUUGCCACACCUUACUACGCGAAGGAUCUGUAUACCCUGGCAACACAAAGUGUGACCCUGUAGAACGAAGUAUUAUUGCGUACAAUGUAGUGAUUAGAAGCAAUUGUGAAUGUAACACAUCCCGCGAUAUUAAAUAAAGUUUACUACUAGUUUA